GCCAUGUAUCGGUGUGUGUGUUUAUGUAUCUCUGCCUUUUCUCCCUCAACUCUCGGAACUUUCCCACAUUAAACACUUGGACCAUAAAAGGACACACACAUUUUCUUCCUGCGCCUAAACCAACAGUGCAAGCCGAGGAGGAGCUCCGCUGGGGCCGGCAGGAGCUGACCGAUCGGUCCGUGGAGCCCAGUUUGUCCCGCAGCAGCCGGACUGGACUGGAGCCUUCCACCUGCUGCUGCGCAGCGCAGCGCGCGCCUCGCGCUCCACGACAGGAGCGCUCAGCUCAGACCGGGGAGCCGAGAAAAGCUCAUUUCUACGUUCUUCCAAGCUUUCAUUAAAAAAACAAAGUAACGGGAUCGACGCUGUUUGGACUCUAUUAACAUAUUAAACUUUUUCUCCGCUCCUUACUGGAUUAAAGUCCAGCUAAAUUGAAUUUUCUGACCGUUUCUCAGCAUGAGUCUGAGCACUAACGGCUCCGGGACCGACCUGUUCCCUCUGGACACCAACUCCUCCUCUAACCGAACCGAGCACCCGGCCUCCACCGCCGCACAGCUGGACCUGAGCCGGGCGGUCCCGGUGGGCAUGGUGCUGGCCUCCUUCAUCAUGUUCGCCAUCGUGGGGAACAUCCUGGUCAUCCUGUCGGUGGUCUGUAACCGACACCUGCGGACUCCAACCAACUACUUCAUCAUCAACCUGGCCAUGGCCGACCUGCUGCUGAGCACCACGGUGCUGCCGGUGUCCGCCACCCUGGAGGUUUUGGGUUACUGGGUGUUUGGUCGAAUCUUCUGCGACAUCUGGGCUGCAGUGGAUGUCCUGUGCUGCACGGCGUCCAUCAUGUCACUCUGUGUCAUCUCCAUUGACCGAUACGUUGGCGUCCGCUAUCCGCUGCAAUACCCAAUGGUGGUCACCAAAAGGCGGGCCCUGCUGGCCAUGCUGGGAGUCUGGAUCCUGUCCUUCGUCAUCUCAAUCGGGCCGCUGCUGGGCUGGAAGCAGCCACCGUCACAGGACGACACGGUGUGUCUGAUCACAGAGGAGCCGUUCUACGCUCUCUUCUCCUCUCUCGGUUCCUUCUACAUCCCUCUGGCCGUCAUCCUGGCCAUGUACUGCAGAGUGUACGUGGUGGCCAAACGCACCACCAAGAACCUGGAGGCCGGCAUGAUGAAGGACCAAGCCAAGGACUCCAAUGAGCUCACCCUGAGGAUUCAUUGCAGGAACCAACAGAUCCAUGAUCUGUGUCCGCCCUCCAAAGCAGGAGUGGGCGGGGCUACGGCAGGGCGUAACGCACUUACCGUCAAGCUGCUCAAGUUCUCUCGUGAGAAGAAAGCUGCCAAGACAUUGGGUGUGGUGGUGGGCAUGUUCAUCCUCUGCUGGCUGCCCUUCUUCUUGGUUUUACCAAUCAGCUCGUUUAACAGCAAUCUUCGUCCUCCUGAGACGCUCUUCAAAGUUAUUUUCUGGCUGGGAUACUUCAACAGCUGCCUGAACCCCAUCAUCUACCCUUACUAUAGCCGCGAGUUCAAACAGGCCUUCAUCCGGAUCCUGCGCUGCCGCUGGAAGACCAAACGUCAGGGCUGGCAGGCGUACUACAACUAUCGCUGCCAGCAAGGGUCAAACACCUCGUCCUUCCUGAACGGCAGCCAGCAGACGCUGUCCUCUGUCAGCCCCAGCCCCUGCUUCGUCUCUACCAAGCUCCGCCCCCCACCAUGGCCGUCCUCUAGCAAACAUCUGCUCCCCGGAUCGGCAGCGAGACCAGGUCCAGGACCUCUGUCUCCCCUUACAAAGGAUGCUGGGACCCUGCGAGGAGUUAACACUGUGCACACAACAGGAGAAGAACAACGAUACAGAGGAAAUCAACUCUAAG